GCGGCAAGGCAAGACCUGGGCGACGGGCGGGACGGGCUCGGCCACAGGCUCGGCCAAAGGCUCGGAAAGGCUCGGCCACAGGCCACAGCGGGAUGCGAAGCAUGCGAAGCUAUCAGUGUGGGCCGGGCCGUCGGGAAGGAAGCGUCGCGCGAGACUGACUGAGGAUCUAGCGACCAUGGCGUGUAUAUACAGCGGAAGCAAAAGGGAUGCCCAGGACGGGGAGCAGCAGCUGGGCGAGGAGGGCAUGAUGUACGGCGAGUACCUGAUGCUGGACAAGGUGCUGAGCGCCCAGCGCAUGCUGUCGCAACAGAGCAGCAACCCGGUGCACGACGAGCACCUUUUCAUCGUCACACACCAGGCUUACGAACUGUGGUUCAAACAAAUCAUUCACGAGCUCGACUCGGUGCGGGCGCUCUUCAACAGCAGCGAGGGCCUAGACGAGAGCCAGACGCUGGAGAUCCUCAAACGGCUGCACAGGAUCGUCCUCAUCCUCAAACUCCUGGUGGACCAGGUCAUGAUCCUGGAAACGAUGACCCCCCUCGACUUCAUGGACUUCCGGAAUUACCUGUGCCCUGCUUCCGGCUUCCAGAGUCUCCAGUUCCGGCUGCUGGAGAACAAGCUCGGCAUGAAGCAGGAGCAGCGCGUGCGCUUCAACCAGCGCUACAGCGCCGUGUUCGGCGACGACCCCACGGCCGCGGACGCCAUCAGCCGGUCCGAGCAGGAGCCCAGCCUGGCGCAGCUGGUGCAGCGGUGGCUGGAGCGCACGCCGGGGCUGGAGGCGGAGGGCUUCGACUUCUGGGGGAAGUACCGGCAGGCCGUGGACCGGAUGCUGGAGAAGCAGGAGAAGGCCGCCAUGGACGCGGACACCGACAUCCGCCGCAAGUUCCUCCUGCACGACGUGGCGCAGCGGCGAGAGGUCUUCGACAGCGUCUUCUCCCCCGAGACCCACGAGCUGCUGCUGCAGCGCGGCGAGCGCCGCUUCUCGUACCGCGCGCUGCAGGGCGCCAUCAUGAUCACGUUCUACAGGGACGAGCCGCGCUUCAGCCAGCCGCACCAGCUGCUCACGCUGCUCAUGGACAUCGACUCCCUCAUCACCAAGUGGCGCUAUAACCAUGUAAUCAUGGUACAGAGGAUGAUAGGGUCUGCACAACUCGGGACAGGUGGUUCUUCUGGAUACCAGUACCUCCGGUCGACACUCAGCGAUCGCUACAAGGUGUUCUUGGACCUAUUCAACUUAUCAACUUUCUUAAUACCGAGGAACUACAUCCCACCUCUGACGUCACACAUGAAAAUAGCUUUGGCCGGGUCAUGGGGUAGGCCUUUAGCAGAAACAUCUGAAGAAGAGCGCCUCAUUGAAAGUUCAGUAGAAGCUUCAAUGUGAUGAUGUGAACUGUUCCACUUUUCAUUCAUGUUUUCCGAGCAGUCGAAUCAAGGUGUCCAUCAUGUGGACACUUUGGAGUUCAAUUUUUUGGCGUUAUGUGCCUUUAACAACAUAGUAAUUAAUGUUAA